AUGCAUGGCCAGGGAGUGAUGCUGGUGCUAGAGAAGAGAUUGUGUGCCACCGACUUGAAGCGAUGCAAUGGUUGGCUCUCCAUACCCAGGGGGCAGAUACGAGCAAAUUUCUUGACCAGUGGAGAGAUCCAAGCCCUAGACAACAAGGAGGCCAUUGCAGUUUCCCUAAUCGAGCCUUGUCUACAAGUCCGCCAUGGGUUGCAGCUCCAGAAAUGGAAUAACGUGAGGAAUCAUUUUUCUUAUGUAUUGACCAAGGAAUGGACUGCUGUCGCGCACCCGAUUGCGCGGAACGGACUCAAAAAAGGUGGCCUUGUCCAGCUUUGGUCGUUUAGAGCGAAUGGGGACCUUUGUUUCUGCCUUGUGAACGUUGAAGCACCCCCAUCGGCAGAGGAAAAUAUGGCGACUUGUGAGUGA